AUCAUCAAUCUUCUUAUAGUACACAGUCUUGCCAUCUCAAUAUUGAGUCUUCCAACGGUGACUAUACAGUUGAUUUGGACUGCCUAAUUUUACCAGAAGUAACAAAGGUUUUACCCACUUCUUUUGUCAAUAUAGAGAAUAUUCCUAUUCCGUCAAGCCUUCACUUAGCUGACCCUACAUUUAAUAUUCCGUCUGUAAUUGACAUUCUACUUGGGGCUGAAAUAUUCUGGAGUGUAGUAGGCUCCGCUUCUAUUGAUUUGGGCAAACAAAUGCCUAAGUUAUGUGAGACAAAGUUCGGAUGGAUCGUAUCUGGUCCAGUCUUCAGGGGACCUUCAUUUCACACCACUCGACACUCACAUUUUUGUAACUUUGCCAAUCCCAGUGAUACUCCAAACCUGUCUAAAUUCUGGGAACUCGACUCGGUUCCUCCAAAACACUCACUAUCCCCAGAAGAAAGAGCGUGCGAGUUAAGCUUCACCCAGAACACAUGUAGGAACAAGGAUGGCAAAUUUACUGUUACGAUGCCCUUAAAAGAUGAUCCUACAGUUUUAGGGGAAUCAUACACUAUGGCAAAGCAUCGAUUUCUGUCUUUAGAGCGGCGUUUUCAACGUGAUCCUGACUACAAGGCUACAUACGUUGAAUUCAUGAAUGAAUACGAACGCCUUGGUCACAUGACUGAAAAUGUCAACAUUACAACACCACAUUCAGGUCACGUUGAAUACUUCAUACCACAUCAUGGUGUAAUAAGAGAGUCAAGCACUACUACUAAAUUAAGAAGCGUAUUCGAUGCUUCAGCUCCAUCAUCCUCAGGCCUCUCACUCAACGACCUUCAAAUGGUAGGCCCCAAGGUUCAAGAGGACCUCUUGUCGAUCUUGCUGCGGUUUCGGCAGCAUAAAUACGUUGUUUCUGGGGAUGUUGAAAAAAUGUAUCGCUGCAUCGAAAUAGCAACGUCGCAAAGACCUCUUCUUCAAAUUAUUUUUCGCAAUGACCCAAAAAAGCCACUUAAAACAUAUAGUCUCAACACGGUCACGUAUGGAACUGCGUCAGCUCCUUACUUAGCUACCAAAUGCUUGGUUAGCCUGGCGGACGCAGCCUCUACUGAAGAUGUGAGGUCCGCAAUAGCACGAGACUUCUAUGUUGAUGACUAUUUAGGUGGGGGUGCAUCUAUACCUGAGACAAUAGCACUCGUCAAAGAGGUCACAAACAUUCUGUCCUCAGCUCAUUUUUAUUUAAGAAAAUGGCAAUCUAACAGCCCAGAUAUUCUAAAGGCCAUUUUAGGGGAUUCUAAUCAGGAAAGUCCCACCUUUUUAAAUCUUUCAGACCACAACACCCCAUCUAAAACCUUAGGUUUGAACUGGCUAUGCAACUCAGACGACUUGUCGUUUUCAAUAAAUAUUGACCAUGUAGAAAAGGUCACAAAACGACACAUUUUGUCAGUAAUUAGCCAAAUAUUCGAUCCCCUAGGAUUAGUCGGCCCUUGUAUUGUCGAAGCAAAAACAAUAAUGCAAAGACUUUGGAUUGAUAAAUGUGAGUGGGACAGUAAAGUUUCUCUGGAGAUUGACAAUAUGUGGAGAAUGUUUGUGUCAACGCUUCCUUAUUUAAAUAAUCUAAAAAUUCACCGCUGGGUUUCUUUCGAAUCGGCUGUGAACCAUGAAAUUCACGUUUUCUCUGAUGCAUCCGAGAGGGCUUAUGGCGCAUGUGUAUAUAUUCGAUCCAUUAGUCAAACUGGCUCUAUCACAGUUCGUCUCCUUCUGUCCAGGAACCGUGUAGCACCGAUUAAAUCCGUUACGAUCCCACGGCUUGAACUUUGUGCCGCACUAUUGGGGUCAAGACUGUGUACAACCGUUCUUGAGUCACUGACAAUGCCAAUCCAACAAUGCUUCUUUUGGUGCGACUCGAUGAUCGUACUCGGUUGGCUGAAUACUCCUUCGAAUCAGCUCAAACCCUUUGUGCGUAAUCGAGUCAACGAAAUUGUUGAGAGUUCUGCCGGUCACAUGUGGAGGUAUGUACCGUCGAAAGAUAAUCCGGCGGAUCUUCUUUCUCGCGGGGCGAAGGCUGACACUAUCGGUGAUAAUACUCUGUGGUGGUCAAGCCCAAGCUAUUUACAAAAUGAUGAACAGGACUGGCCUACUAUGCCGACAAAUAGCGUGAAACAAGAUUUGCGUGAAAUCAUUUCACACUUUAUUUAUAAUAAUAAUCAAUCAUCUAACGCUAAUCAAUCACCAACCAUCAUACAAUCAUUAAUUCACUAUCAUUCUAAUUUCAAUCGCUUACAAAGAGUCUUAGCCUAUAUUAAAAGGUUUAUUUACAAUUUAAAAAAUAAAAACUCUAAACUACACGGCGCUCUUUCUAGCGAUGAGUUAAACGAUUCAUUGAUGUGUUUACUACGCAGCGCACAAAGAGAGAUGUUUCCGGAGGAACUAAAUAUUUUGGAGUCGGAAAGAUCUCUACCGCGUAAAAAUAGACUUAUUUCAUUAACGCCAUUUCUGGACUCUGAAAAGGUCGUACGAGUGGGCGGUAGACUCGAUAAUUCUCCUUACGACUACAAUAUUAAAUACCCAAUACUGCUUUGUAGUAAACACCACUUAACUAAAAUGCUAUUUCAUGUGCAACAUUUGAAAAUGCUUCAUGCAGGGCCUCAACUUUUACUGGCAAAUUUGCGUCUUAACUAUUGGACUUUAGGUGGCAGGAAUCUUGCUAGGUCAAUUGUCAGACAAUGUGUCAAAUGUUUUAGAUUUAAAUGCCAAAAUAUACAACCUAUAAUGGGACAGCUGCCUUUAUCAAGAACUAACUUAGAAUAUCCCUUUUUUGAUUGCAGUGUUGAUUAUGCUGGUCCUGUACUCAUAGCAGACCGUAAAGGUCGGGGUUGUAAGCUCACAAAAUCAUACCUAUGCAUCUUCGUUUGUCACGCAACUAGAGCAGUGCAUCUAGAGCCCGUCACUGACCUCACAAAAGAGGGCUUCAUCGCAGCACUUAAUCGUUUCGUUUCUCGCCGCGGCAAACCGCAAAGCAUCUUGUCUGACAACGGCACGAAUUUUGUCGGAGCCCAUAAUGAGCUACAAAAAUUCUUAACCGACUCAUCUUCUGAUGUUGCAUGUGAGAUGUCUCGUGAAGGCAUCAGCUUCUCAUUCUCACCGCCAUAUUCACCUCAUUUCAACGCAAUGGCCGAAGCCGCGGUUCGCUCUACCAAGCACCAUUUGAGGAGGUUGUUGAGUCUCACUAACUUCACAUAUGAAGAGUUAGCAACCUGUCUGUGUCAGAUCGAGGCCGUUUUGAAUUCUCGUCCACUAACUCCUCUAUCCACCGAUCCUUCCGAUUUUUCUGCUCUCACUCCUUCCCAUUUUUUAAUUGGACGACCACUUACGUCUGUACCGUGUCCGCAGAUCCCUGAGAAGAACAUCAGCUGCUUUGACCGAUUCAAGAGGAUUGAAUACAUCCGACAGCACUUCUGGCAGAGAUUUUCUCAUGAGUACAUUUCCUUGCUUCAGCAAAAAACCAAGUGGUCCACUUCUUCUGGCCAGCUCACUGAAGGAAUGCUCGUGCUUCUUCGGGACAAGGCGCUACCACCGUUAGUUUGGGCCUUGGGUCGCGUGGUGCGCACCUAUCCUGGACCCGACGGCGUUACCAGAGUCGCCGAACUAAAAACGAGGAGAGGCAACGUCACAAGAGGGUUCAACAACAUUUGCCCUCUUCCCUUUGAAGAGGUCAAGGGGCGGGAGGAUGUUCGCGCCCGGGCAACUGGCCUUGGAGCGGGCGACGCAGUGAAAGGUGCCGGGAGCGACGACGGCGGCGCGUGAAGGCGAUCCCACACUUGGCCACCGAGCGGCGCGCACGACACUCAUACUUACGCAUAGUAAUUUCAUUAAUAACCUGUUGUUGUGGCUUCGUUUAUAUACAGAAAUUAUAAUAACUUUAAUACAGUCCACUCGCGUUAUUAUUCAAGACCUGAGG